CUCAUUCUCAUCCUUUCUUCAUCCCCCCAGCCUCUCGCUCUGUCAAGCCUGGUGUGUUACCGUCUUUCGGGACGGUUCUCUCUUGUGCUGACUCGAGUUGUUUUUUCCCACCUCUCUUCUCCCCCUACCAUUCCCCCAAUUCCCGUCCACCGACCCUUUUCUUGAACCUCCGAGCUGUGACACCACGAAUUCAUCGACCCUUCAAAAUGAGCGCUCGCGAUCUGGUCGAGGGGGAGGCCAUGAUUGAUGAUGACGAGAAUGAGGAGGAGCUCGCUGAUGACUACGAGGGCGAAAUCCGGGAGGGUGCUGGCACCAACAACCACUACGACUCCAGCGAAGAAGAUGAGGACGAUGACGACGACGAGGAAGCUGCUCGCGCAGUCCGCGAGGGUUUCAUUGUCGACGAGGACGAGGAGAUCGAGGAGCGCGCCGAGCGCCGUCGGGAAAAGAGAAAGCAGAGGGAUCGCGAACGCGAGGAUGAGCAUCUAGACGAGGAAGAUCUGGAACUCAUCGGAGAGCUCAAUCCGAGCUACCAAUCUUCGUCUGCUGCUGAACCCAAAUUUAAGCGCCUAAAGCGUGGUCACAAGGAUCGCGAUCUCCGACAAGCAUCCCAGGGCAUUGACGAUAUCUUCAACUCGGAUGAAGAUGAGGAGCCGGCCGGCGACUACGGGCGGACUGGUCAUCGGAGGCACAUGCACGAUGAGAUGGACGACUUCAUUGAGGAGGAUGUGUUCUCAGACGAGGAAAUCCAGCGUGAACGGGAGGAUCUGGAAGUGACCCGCACCUCCAAGGGAGGUCUGGGUGUUACCGAUGCGACCGGCUUGGACGAGAACGCCCUCGAAGAUAUGCGCGCCGCGUUCGGAGAUGGCAACGAAUAUCUGUUCGCCCUGGAGAUGGAGGAGCAAGAAGAGGAGCAGGAGGAGGACGAGGAAAAGCACUUGGACCUGAAGGAUGUUUUUGAGCCGUCGCAGCUAGCGGAGAAGAUGUUGACCGAGGAGGAUAACCAGAUUCGUCUGCUGGACGAGCCCGAACGACAUCAGAUCGCCCGCAAGCCCUACCGGAAUGUGGGCCUGACCGAGGAGCAGUUCCGCGAAGAGGCCGCCUGGAUUUCCAACCUGAUGCUCCUGAAGAAGCGGAUCGAGCCGGAGCUGCGGGAGCCCUUUCAACGCUCGGUAGCCAAGGUGCUGGAGUUCCUGGUCACCGACGAUUGGGAAGUGCCCUUCAUCUUCCAGCAUCGGAAGGACUACAUGAUUCACGCCGCGAAGGUGCCCGUAGACGGAGAUGAUGACGACGCCUCCCAGUACACCAUCAAGGCCGAAAAGCUCCUGAACAUGACCGAUCUCUGGGACAUCUUUGACCACGAUCUCAAGUUCAAGGCGCUCGUGGAAAAGCGCAACACCAUCCAGAAGACAUUUGACAACCUACAGAGUCUCUUUAGUGUGAAUGAUGCGACCGUGGAAGAGAUGCUCCCCGUGGCGGUGACGAUGGAGGAGCUGCAGGACAUUCAGGACUACAUCCAUUUCCAAUACGCGUCCCAACUUCGGGACAUGGCGCUCAUGAAUGGGGAAGCCAGUGGCGAAACCCAGCGCCGGAAGGCCUCCAGCAAGACCUUCUUUGAGCGGGUCCGCAACGGCAAGGCGUACGGUCUCGUCCGGGCCUUUGGCAUCACGGCGGAUGCAUUUGCGCAAAAUGCCCUGAAAGAAGGCCGCCGCCAGUACACGGAGGAUCCGGCCGAACGGCCCGACGACCUGGCCGAUACCCUCGUGGACACCGACUUCUCCAACUCGUCGCAUGUGGUCAAGGCUGCGAAGACCAUGUUCGCCGAGGAGAUCGUGCUGAGCCCCAAGAUGCGCAAGGUGGUGCGACAAGCCUACUAUAUGAACGGGGCGGUGGACUGUUUCCGAACCGAGAAGGGUCUUCGACGCAUUGACGAGCAGCACCCAUACUACGAAUUCAAGUAUCUACGCAACCAGCAGCUCAGCGACAUCGCCCGUCGCCCCGAGUUGUACCUCCGCAUGCUCAAGGCCGAGGAGGAAGGCUUGGUCGAGGUCAAGGUCCGCUUUGAGAAUUUCGACCACUUCCGCCAACGCCUCUACCAGGACAUCGAGUCGGACAACUACAGUGAAGUGGCCGACGUGUGGAACCGCGCCCGUCGGGAUGUCUUGGAUCUGGCGCUCGGCAAGCUGGAGCGGUUGAUCAACCGCAGCGUUAAGGAAAACAUUCGGCAGGAGUGCGAGAACCAUGUCGCCAAGGAGUGCCGGGAGGCCUUCUCGCAGCGACUGGAUCAAGCCCCCUACAAGCCCAAGGGUAUGAUUCUCGGUACCGUUCCGCGCGUGCUGGCUCUGUCCACGGGCUCCGGCGUGGUUGGGCGCGAGCCCAUUCACUGGGCCUAUGUCGAAGAGGACGGACGCGUGCUGGAGAACGGCAAGUUCACGGACCUCUCCAUUGGGGACCGCGACCGCGGCAUUGCCGACGGCAAGGAUGUCGCCGCCUUCCGUGAACUCGUGCGCCGUCGUCGCCCCGAUGUCAUCGGUGUCUCCGGCAUGUCGCCGGAGACCCGUCGGCUGUACAAGCUCCUGACCGAGGUGGUCGAACGGCAGGACCUGCGCGGCGCCCUCUAUACCGAUGAUCGGGAUGAAGAGGUCAGCGACCGCUUGGAGGUGGUGAUCGUCAACGAUGAGGUGGCGCGGCUCUACCAGCACAGUGAGCGGGCCAAGAAGGACCAUCCCAGCUUUGCUCCGUUGACCCAUUACUGCGUGGCCUUGGCCAAGUACUUGCAGAGCCCGCUGAAGGAGUACGCCUCUCUGGGCCGUGACAUUGUGUCGAUCCAGUUCAAGACGGGCCAGCAGCUGGUGUCUCAGGAUCUGCUGCUGAAGCAGUUGGAAACCGCCCUGGUGGACAUGGUGAACCUGGUGGGUGUGGAUAUCAACGAAGCUGUCACGGACUCGGCGACGGCCAAUCUUCUGCCGUACGUCUGUGGUCUGGGCCCCCGUAAGGCGGCACAUCUCCUCAAGAUUGUGAACAUGAACGGGGGCGUGGUCAACAACCGGGCGGAGCUGCUGGGCGUGAAUGCCCAGUACCCGGCCAUGGGCGUCAAGGUGUGGAACAACUGUGCCAGCUUCUUGUACAUCGACUUCGAAAACGCGGACCCGGAUGCCGACCCGCUCGAUAACACGCGGGUGCACCCUGAAGACUACGAUAUUGCGCGCAAGAUGGCGGCGGAUGCGCUGGAAUUGGACGAGGAGGAUAUCAAGGCGGAGACGGACGAGAACGGCCCCGGGGCGAUUGUGCGCAAGCUGUUCCGGGAAGAGGCGCAGGACCGGGUCAACGAUCUGAUCCUGGAGGAGUACGCGGAGCAGCUGGAGAAGAACCUGAACCAGCGCAAGCGGGCGACCCUGGAGACGAUCCGGGCGGAGCUGCAACAGCCGUACGAAGAGCUGCGGAAGCAGUUUGUCUUCCUCAGCACGGACGACAUCUUCACGAUGCUCACGGGCGAGACGGCGGAGACGCUGGCGGAGGGCAUGGUGGUGCCCAUCUCGAUCAAGCGGAUCACGGACGACCACAUUGACGGCAAGCUGGACUGCGGCAUCGAUGCCCUGGUGCCGGAGUCGGAGCUGACGGAUCGGUACGACAUCCCCGUGCGGGCGCUGUACCAGAUCCACCAGACGCUGCCGGCCAAGGUGCUGUUCCUGAACCGCAAGAACUUCCUGUGCAACGUGUCGCUGCGGGAGGAACAGGUCAGCCGGCCGGUGGCGCGGACGCCCGACCGGCUGCAAGGGGAGUGGGACGACCGGCAGGAAGCGCAGGACCGCGAGGCGCAGCAGGAGAAGACGCAGAGCGGCGGGCGCACGAUGCGCGUCAUCAAGCACCCGAUGUUCCGGCCGUUCAACUCGACGCAGGCGGAGGAGUACCUGGGGUCGCAGAGUCGGGGCGACGUGGUGAUCCGGCCCUCGUCUAAGGGGCCGGACCAUCUGGCGGUGACGUGGAAGGUGGCCGACGGCAUCUUCCAGCAUAUCGACGUGCUGGAGCUGGACAAGGAGAACGAGUUCUCGGUGGGCCGGACGCUGAAGGUGGGCGGCCGCUAUACCUACAGCGAUCUGGACGACUUGAUCUUCAACCACGUGAAGGCUAUGACCAAGAAGGUGGACGAGAUGAUGCUGCACGAGAAGUACCAGGACGGCAACAAGGACGCCACUUACUCCUGGUUGGAGACAUACACCAAGGCCAACCCGCGGCGGUCGGCCUAUGCGUUCUGCAUCGACCCCAAGCAUGCGGGCUACUUCUUCCUGUGCUUUAAGGCCGGCGAGAAUGCGCGACUGCACAGUUGGCCGGUGAAGGUGAUCCCCCAGGGCUACGAGCUGCAGCGCAACCCGUAUCCGGACAUGCGGGCGCUGUGCAAUGGCUUCAAGCUGCUGUUCACCAACAUGCAGGCGGGCAAGCGGCGCUGAUGGUCUCCUUCUCUGUAUCCUGUGUAAUAUUUCUCCCUUUUUCUUAUUUCUUUGGACCUUCGUUGCGGGGAUCCUUUCCGGAUGGCCGGAUUCUUGUGUAUUUCUUUUGAGACAACGCCGAUUAGCAUCCGCAUGAGCAUGGUUGCGGGCCGAAACGAAUUGCGUGAUUAAUGGAUGGAAUUGGACGGGCUGGGAUUAAAGUGAAUUGAAUUGAAUUGAACG